AUGGCCGAAAAAGAAACCGCCGAAUCGCAGCAGGAAUUUUCGGAUGUCGUCUCGGUUUGCGAUGAUUUUGAGGUGAUCGAGCCGGAUAUUGGCUCCGACCCGGUUCGUCGUUCAUUCCACGAUGAUCUCGAGUCCGAGAAAACGCCGACCGCUUCGCCCACACAAAGCGUCUUCCUCAACACGAUGUCGAUUGAAGGAUCCGAAAAAUCGUUUGUGAUCUCGAAGUCCACUCCAAAUGAGCCCACUGAUGCGCGCCCAACCACUCCAACUCCAUCUGAUAUCGGAAAUCUCGCGGACCCUGAAACCCCAAUUAUGUCAGAAUCGAUGUCGGAUUUCUCGAUGCCAACUUCGAAAACCGUUUUGGACGAGCUGCGCAAUUUGGGGAAAAUGUUCGAAUCGCAUAUGAUUGGGUCUACGAUGGCCGUCACUGCUGAGCACCGAAAAAAGAUUAACAAGCGCUUGAUGGAAACGGUCGAUGAAAAAACCGAAGAGAUCCAUCGCAUUCGAAAAGCGGUCACCAAGCAGCUGACCGAAGAAUCAGAGGGCAAAAUGGAGGAAAUGCUGAUGAAGCUAGAAGCCGCUCUCCGUCAAAACGCCAUCCUCCAAGAAAAACAAGAAAAUCUGAAGGUCGAGCUCCAAGCCAGCACCAUCGAGAAAAUGCAGUUGAUGGAACAAAAUGAAUCGCUGAAGAAAGACGUCAACAAUGCUCAAAAAAGCCAACAGAAUGAUCAGGGUGUGAUUCAAAAACAUCUAGAGGAUAUGAUUACGGCGUUGAAACUCGACAUCGAUCAUUUGCACGCAAAAUUGGCCGAGAAAGAAGAAAUGAUCGCCGCAAUGAGCCGCGCUGAGCAAUUCAGUGGUAAGCAGCGUAGACAUAGAGGUCGCGUCGGAUCGAGUGGAAUCGACGAGGAAGCGCUCGUCACUUGCCUACGCGACAAAACCGAUUACAUCCAGGCGUUGGAAAUUGAGAUCAAGAAGCUCCGCGAACAGAUCACAAAGAUUCAACUGGACGCCGAGGAUAAAGCUGUCAUCAUUACGGUUCUUCAAGAGGAGAACAAUGAGGGCACUCGGAUGAUCGCUGAACUGGAGCAGAAGGAGAGGAACCGUCGUCUUUUGGAGGAGGCGCGUGACCGUAAUCUAGUCACCGGUCUUGCUGAUUUCACCAAC